CAUUGGCGCUCGUUGCUAGCGACUGAACUGCUUAGAGUCAGCCAGUCAACUGCCAGUCGAUAGUGAACGUGCUAGUUUUUGGGGUUAUUCAAGCACACUUUUUCUGUUGGAUAUACGAAGCUAGCUUUACAGCCGAAAAAGUUAUUCACAUAGUUCUUGGCUGUCAAAGCCUAGUCCAAUCCCACACAUUGUACAGAAACAUCCUACUUGACCUACAAAAUGUCCCUGUCACGUCACUAUCAUGUUGUGUGCUGGUGUUCGAAUUCUCUGUACGCUCAAUUGCAGAACACAACAACAGGGAUAGCAAAUUUUAAUAGAUUAUUAUUUCCUAAACCUCCUCCUGAAACCCAACUUAGAUAUUUCAGUUGGACAGUAUCAAAUUGGAGCAGAGCACCAGAUAUUUCUUCAGACUUCAGUAGGGAAACCAUUUCGCCAACUACCUUACAUUCUUUACAAUUUGAAAACCUAGACCAGAAUUUCCAAAACUUGGAUUACUUGGUCGAUGUACAAGAACGAAAACUCAAACCACUGGAAGAAUGUACAGAAGACUUGUCUUACAUCACUCCAGAUUUUCCCGUGUCUUUCAACUUUGCUGGUUAUGCCAACAAGUCUCCGAUGAUUCAGAAACUUGUACAGUUGGGUGUAGAUUUUUCAAAACUGGAACGAAGGAAGGGUAUUAUGAAGUUUCUCCUACCCUUGGACUUUGAGAAAGAUAUGAACUUGCACCUAAGAUUCUUAAAUGAUUGCGGAGUCUCUGUGGAUCAACUGGGAUAUUUUCUUACCAAAAAUCCGCUUAUUUUUAAGGAAGAUUUAGAUGAUCUUCACACCAGGAUUCGAUAUCUCCGAGCACAUAAAUUCACUCUGGAAAUGAUAAGCAGAAUUGUUGGUCGGAAUCCAUACUGGCUCAUGUUUAGCACAAAACGGAUUGAUGCCAGACUCGGAUAUUUUCAGAGAAACUUCUCACUCAAUGGUCGUGACGUUAGAAUACUGGCAACUAAACAACCGAGACUUAUUACUUACAGUUUAGCUGCUGUUCGAGAGAAUAUAUUCGCCGUUGCAGAAGAGAUGGGAUUUUCUCAGGAUGAACAGCGGCAAAUUCUUUUGGAACAACCUCAGAUUUUCAUGAAAAGCCGAUCACACCUUGUCGAGUUGUUUGACUUUGCGCACAACAUAAUGAAACUCCCACAUGAUAUUAUAGCAGAGCAGCCGCAUAUUCUCACCUGCAGAUUACACAGGCUCAGACAGAGACACAUGUUCCUUGUCACACAAGACAGGGCGCAGUAUGACCCUCAAAAACCAAUGUACGUCUCGCUAAAAGCUCUGGUCAGCAAAUCUGACGCAGAGUUCAGCAUGGAUGUUGCCAAAACGACAGUACAGAUCUUUAACAUGUUCUUGAAAACGCUCUAAUUAAUAUUCAUGUAAUUACUAGUAAAUAAAUAAAUUUAUUCAACUAGCAAA